AUUGUGACGCUGGUCUGGGGGGAAAUUCAUUUCCAUAUUUGUCCACUAUCUUCCAUCUGCGUUUGGUUCUUUUUGUUUCUUUUUGUGCAGUGCCAAAGAAAAAACGCUAACCAUGCGAGUUCGCAUCCGUCAUCCGCAAGGCAGCAUUACAUUAACCAAUCUCCAAGCAGAGUAUACAAUCGCGCAGUUACGGGAAGCUAUUGCGCAAGCUAUCCACAUAACCACACCUCAAAGCAUCCGAGUAUCGGGCGGUUAUCCGCCCAAAGGUUUCACUGACGAUAGCGCGACUUUACAAGCGUGCGGUUUGCGGGAUGGCGACACACUCAAUGUCACUCUUACAGAGACCACCAACGUCCCAUCGCCUGCCCCUGUAGCCCAGACGACAACGACAACGACAACGUUACCGUUUGAUCCACAAACCAUGGAAGCUGUCCAAAUGCGCGGGGGAAUUUUACGUGUCCGACAUGACAUUCAGGUCGCCAAUGAGUUGCGAAAAGUGAUUGCUGCCUGUAUUGGCGAAAAUCCUGCUAUAUAUUCCGAUGUCAUGCUUGGUCAAGAAAGAGGCAAAUAUAUGGAAUGGAUUCAGAAAAGUUCGGCAUGGGGAGGCGCCAUUGAGUUGUCUAUAUUUUCACAGCAUUUUGGCAUUGAAAUCGACAGCAUAGACGUGCAAACCGGACGCAUUGACAAAUUCGGCGAAGGCGCUUAUGCAGAGCGUGUACUUAUUUUGUAUAGUGGUAUUCAUUACGAUGCUGUAGGAUUGGCACCCACCAUUGAUAGCCCACCGGAUUUCGAUCAAACCCGAUUUCCUGUCGGCGAUGACGCUCUUUUGCCAGCAGCACAGAAGCUGGCAGAGAUAUUGCGCAAGAAACACAAAUAUACCGAUGUUGCUACGUUUACACUAAAAUGCCAACAAUGUCAAAAAGGGUUAAAGGGUGAAAAAGAUGCACAAGCUCAUGCCUCUGCAACCGGACAUACUCACUUUGUGGAGUAUGAAUAAUUACAAUAAAAAGGAUAAUGGAGUAUAAAUGUUGAACGUGGAUAGAAUACUGAUAUGAAUACUGCUUGCGAGAUGUGAAUGUGACAUGAUUUUUAGACAAAUGAUACCUGUAAGGCACGAUCAUGCACGAGUUGCCUUUUCGGCCCUGAGGUGUUGUAUACAGGCAAAGGGCGGUGUGCAGGAACUUGAAGCUUAAGAUGUCGACCGCAGCAUGCACAUCUAUUUUUAGGUAUCUGUCAUUUUUAUGGUAUGUAUUGUCUUUUGGAGUGAACUGCAGUGAGUGAUACGAUGGUUUGUUUUGUCAAGAAAAAAGGGAAACUAUUUUUUUUUCUUUGUUUGCUCAGGUGCCACCUGCAACCCAAAUUUAAAAAACAAAAAGCGGCUUUGUGAACCGUAACACGAGGGAUUUGUUUAUGUCAGGGGAUGAAUCAAAGAUGCCAAAUGAUGCUAGAUGAUUAUUAUUAGUUGUUGGAUAUA